AGUUCUAUUUUAAAGUGAAAGUAGGAAGUGUAGCUUCAGUUGCAUUGCAGAAAUGGGAAAUGCUCAAGGCGAUUUGUCAGACUUGGAAGAAGAUAUAGCUAAAAUUUUCGUGAGUGCACUCAAGAAUUCCAAUACGAGAAACACUCAAAGGCCUGCAGAAGCAGUCAAAAGCCCUAGGAUAAAACAGGCGUCUAUAUGGGAUGAGGAAAAGACAUCUUCAUCUCUCAGAAUAGAAGCUGACGGAUUGACAGUGUCUAAAAUUGCAGAAAGACCUAGUUCACAUAUUGCAAAAGCAGCUGAAGGAUAUACUGAUGGAUUACACAUAUUUAAAAUACAUUGGCCUCAGAAAAAGAGGGGUUUGUGUGCAGUUAUUGGUGUUUCUUCUCAGAUGGCACCCAUUCAAAAUUUUCAAUGCCUACCGUUAUGUGGUCUAAAUCAGCACUCACUAGGUUGGGAUAUAGUAAAUAAUAAAGCUCUUUACGGAGGAAUGGUGUUGAAUACGUAUCCGGAGGACAGGAAUCCUGGUUAUUCAGUAUCAGACACCUUUUUUAUGAUCCUAGACUUGCAGAAAGGGAUCCUCUCAUUUAAAGAUGAACACGGAGAUAUUGGAAUUUGUUGUAGUGGAUUGGAUGCAGUUUUCUCCAAAAAGAAUGUAAAACUAUAUCCUACAGUUAAUCUUACAAAUUUCAAUGAUAAGGUAUCAAUGACAAAAAUCGAAGGCAUGGGGAAGAGUACAUUUAAUCAAUUGUUUUCAACAAGAAGUACGUCUGCUUUAUCGGAAAAUUCUGUAGUUUGGAGAACUUUAAUAGAGAUGAUGCGUAGCAAAAGCUUAGAUGACUCCUCACUUAUAUAUGAAAGCAUUGCCAAGUUUCAUAAUAUUUUGGAGGAAGCUAAACAAGACGUUUGGAUGUAUAAGAUAUAUAUGUCUAUGAUUGCGAAAGACGCUAACAUAAUGUGCCAUUAUCAGAAAUAUACAUAUAAACAAAAAAGGAAACCAGCAGCGAUUACGAAUUUUAUAGAGAUAACUAAACUGAUGGGAACAUGUUCCCACGAUUUUGCAAAAUUUUCCACGUCACUAUUUGAAUCUGGAUGUUUAGAUACUUUGGAAACUGUACUUUCAGACAUAAUUAAAGCAAAUAUGUCAAUAUCAAUCAAGAAAGAUAUUCUACUCCCUAUCCUCAUCCUAAUAUGCAAUCUCUCUAAGAUAUCGGCAAUAAGAGAUGAAAUUCUUCAAAGGAAAAUUGACGGAUUGCUUGAAAAACAUUGUUCUGAUAAUAUAUGUGCAGGUGUAGACGUCGAAUCAUUUAUUCCAAUACUAUGUAUUAUGAGUCUUGGCUAUAUAAAAUACGAAGAUUCGAGAUCUAAAUGGACCAUUAAUUCACAUUUUCUGGAUAUCAUUGCCUCUUUCGCUGAAUCUGCAGCCCUAGAUGGAAAGGUCGGAGAUGACUUUUUCAUAUUACCAAAAGAAGCUCUGGAUACAUUGGCAUCAGUACUGGACAACAAUCAGAAUAUUUUGUAUUUGUUACGUCAAGGGGUUACUGGUAAAUUUAAUGGCAUUUUGAAUGGAAUUAAAGAAAAAAAUGACUGUCUUACUAUAGCGUUACAAUGUCUAAUUAAACUAUUAACGAAAGUUGUCGAAUUACAAAGGGAAAAUUCUCAUAAUAGUUCUCUCAGAGAUAGUGUAGGCGUAAAGCGAUUAAGAGAAACUCUCAAAGACUUAUCAAGCGGUUCAAGCAGCAUUGAAUGCCAGAUUAAUUCCUGCCUAAACAAAUUAGAUGAAAUUGAGAAAGGAGUAGCUGUAGAGAAAAAAUGCCUUCUGAAAGAUUUAACUGCAGAAUUAAUGCAGUGUUUAAAUUUUAGCUCGGUAUAUUUUGACUCUAAAUACGAUAGAUGUUUUUGCAUCAACUGCCAUUCUAAAAGAAACGAUCAAGAUUAUUACUCACGUGGAGAGCCAUCCCGAACCUAUGCAUUGCCUAUUGGAUGGUAUAGGUUUGGUUUGGUUUUACCUCCUUUUGCAGAAGAGGCAGAAGCCGUAAAAAAAUGGCAUAGAGCUUAUCACGGUACCAAGACUGAGACUAUCCCUGAUAUUCUACGUCAUGGAUUUCUGUUAUUACCCGGUGAUUAUACAGCUAGUGGUCAUCGGCUGACAGAAUUGCCAAAUCACUUUAAUGAUGAGAGAAAACCUGAAGGAUUCAAUACAAAAUGUGUAUUUGUAUCUCCAUCUCUUCGCUAUUCAACCCACUACUCCCCAGGAUCAAGAUGGAAAGAUAAAUACGUUGUCAAAAUGUGUUUUCAAGUUCUAAUGGCACCAAAUACUUACAAAAUUGGACCACAAACAAUUGGACAAAGCAAACAAAUUGAUCAGAAAUUUUCCAACGACGAACUUGAAUGGUUUACAAUGCAACGUGCUUGUCAUGCUCUCUACGGACUUUUGAUUAAUAUAGAACCUAUUGAAAAAAACGCCAUUUUAUCGAAAACGAAAGCAGAUAUAUCACAGACAGAUAUGGGUAACAAUCUAAGCGAUUUAGGUGAUAUAGAAUCGAAAACAAGUACUCUAAUAAGAAAUGCAUCCGGUACUGAUUGUGAAAGAGAUAAUUAUGAAGGACAGUAUCAUUUUCAGGAUGAGUUUACACUUCCAUUGGAUGCUUGGGAAAAGCGUAUUAAAGCGUAUGAAGUUAAUCCUGUUAAAGCUAAACAAGGUUGUGUACCCCAAUGGUUCAAACAAGAAAAUGUAUUUCAAUGGGAUAAGAUCGAUUCCUCAGAUAACUUUACAAUAACCGAUGAAAAGAUAACGAUUCGUAAAAAUAUUUCCAAAACCUCCUCAGAUUUAGCUAAGUGUACAGAAGGAUUAUACAAAGGAAUUCACGUUUAUCAAAUAUAUUGGCCUAAAGAAACGAGAAGAGGUAAAUUCUCAAUAAUUGGUUUAUCAACCGAUUCAGUUUCUAAAAGAGAAAGCUCUCUCGUUCCACUUUGCGGUCAGAAUGAGAAUUCAUUUGGUUGGGAUUUAAACAGUAAAGAAUUUUAUUAUAAGAAUGAAGUAAUUCAUAGCUACCCGGAGAAUUGUUCGCCGAGCUUCGUUAUUCCCGACUAUUUCAAAAUGAUAGUCGAUUUUAAAAGAGGAACUCUAUCAUUCGGAACAAAUGAUAUAGAUUACGGUAUAUGUUUUACCGGAAUAACUGAAUUAUUUACAAAACAGAAUAAAAAUCUGUUCCUAACGGUAAGCAUCUCCAGUAAAAACUGUGAAAUUAGCGUUGCGAAACUACCGUAUCUUCUUAAAUCUGAAGGAUAUUAUAGCGAUUUGGAAACGUUUACUAAAGUUCUUCUUAAAAUUUUGGAUCUUAUAGCAAAAAUUAAUGAAUACUCUCUUUUUAAAGAUUUUUUAAAGAAACUAUUAAAAUUUUUAAGAGUAUGCUACUGUGAUAGUAUCCUAUACGAAACUAUUCUAACCAUUAUUAUGAAAAGUCAGUUUUUUGAGGUUGCAAAUAAAAUGUUGAGAUUUUUCACAUUGUAUAUGGACGAUCAUGAUAUUCAACAAAGUUACAGAAUGAUGUGUAAAUUUUUCAAGAGUUGUUCAAAGAAGAAUGCUAUGUUCGCUAAAUUGGCUUUUGACAAUUCAUUUAUUGAUCUUUUACACAUUGUAAUGGAGGCCGAAAAACUUAAAUUAAAUCCGAAUGGAAUUUUGCUGUGUACUUUACAGUUAAUUAAACAGGGCUGUAAGAUAUCGGAGAUAUCAGGUAGAAUUUUGGAAAAAAGAGAUUACUAUAUUAACUUUACAAGAUGCCAUCUCACACCUGAUAACAUCAAACUAGUUACUCUAACGAUAAGUAUUCUUCUUUGUGGAGAAACCUUUGAACUUGAUGAAACUUGUGCGAAUUUACUGAUAAAAUAUUUCAAUGAUAAACUCCAAUCGACGUUAAUUCUUGAAAUUUUAAGGUAUGCUUUGAGAAAUGAAAGGAAUUACCAACAUUUGUUUGAUAUGGGUAUAAUGAACAUGUUGGGAAAUAAAUUGGAAAAUUUAGACCCAAACGAUUUAACGUCCUGUGAACAUCUUUUAAAUUGUUUAAGCGUCUGUUUCUCAAUGACUAUUAAAACUAUUAGAAAAGUAGACACCUUACCGAGGAAUUUCAACGCAGAUAGAUUCAUAAUGGAAUUGGAAAAAUUAAAAGGAAACGAAUUUGAUGAUUUAAUUUCAACUUGUAUCUUAAAAUUGAACGAAAUCAAGAGGAUAAAAGACUCAGAAAUUUGUCAAUUAAAAAAUUUAUGUGAUAAAUAUUUUAAAACUGAAUUAUCCAUAAGAGAUUCUUACAAAGCAGAAAGACAUAGCAAAUGUUUCUGUCAUAAUUGCCACCUUUAUAGAAAAGACAAUGACUAUUAUCAUAGGGGAAAGCCUUUAAGAAAAUAUGUUUUGCCUCUUGGAUGGUAUAGGAUAGGGCUCAACGUUCACGACACCCAUGCAACCGUGUACGACUUUGAGGAUUGGCAUAGAGCCUAUCUUCCAAUAUCUUUCAGCGAUAGUGUAAAAGAAGUUAUUGAAAGUCGUAAUUCAGAAAUCCGAGAAUCAGCAACUAGAUUUGUUUCUCCAUCAAUUAAAUAUUGCAGUUACACAUCUCAGUCAAGAAGAUACGGAGCUUAUGACAUUAAAUUGGCUUUUCAAGUCUUAGUAAGACCCGAUAGCUAUACAGCUCAAGGUAGAAACGGCAAUAAACAACUCCAAUUUGAUCCAUCAUUUUCCAACACCGAAAUAGAAUGGUUCGUUGAAAAUGAUAAUUCAUUAAUUAUCUAUGGCCUACUAAUAAAAGCAGAUUUAAGACAGAAAUAA